CUUCUUUAACAAACGUACCUCUGGUCAAUAAAGGAAGAGGUUUGAAGGGAAAAAAGAAAAAACGAAGUGAAUUUACUUUCUUAUUGUUAUAAUACAUGAUUUUGAUUGUAAAAUAAAGUUACGUAGCAAUAUUUUCUCUACUUAUUACAUUAUCUACAUCAUGCAUCGAUUUGUAUAACAUGUUUUUACGUAUUAAUUUAAAAAAAGAAAUCUUUGAUUGCUGUAGGACUGUGCAAUUUAGGAAAGAUUCUGGGGGAAGUGGAAAAAGGGAUUAGGAUAUUAGCUUCUGUUUUUAAAUUCUAUCCUUGGGCUGAGUCCAUUUAUGGAUCAAGUUUGUUCCGAUGCUUUGGUGGAAAUGAGUACAAUGAUAAACUUAGGAGAUAGAUUUGAAAGUUUCAGUAGUUUUGAAAAAUCCUUGGAAAUAUUCGAAACUGAAACUAACACACGAUUCUGCAUUGCUGAAUCAAAGACAUUAGAAAACACUAAACAACGUUAUCCACGAUGUGAACGAGCUCCACAGAUGUUAAAAUACUAUUCUAUUAGGUAUAAAUGUAUGCAUGGAGGUGUUUUUAGAAAAAGUAAACAAUCAAGAGGACUUCGAAGUUCAUCAACUCUUAAAAUAGGAUGUCAAGCCUUUAUUCAUUUAUUCUUGUCCGAUGAUGUCACAUCUCUUGUUGUCAAGGCCUUGAAUCUGGAACACAAUCAUGAUACAAGUGAAGCAAUUUUUAUAGAAGUGCCUACUCACAGAAAGCGGAAUUCUAAGCUGAGAGUACAAGUAACAGAAUCAAAUGCCAAGAAGAGAAAAAAAAUAAGACAAGAAAAUAUUCCUCAAGAUACUGUAAAUGUGGCUCACUUACAGGAUUUAACAAAUUUAAACGCUUCAAAUUCACAAAUAUAUCUAACCCCAAAUGGAACAGAUUGUGAAGCACCAUAUGGACUUGCUCCAGAUGAGGCAGUAUGUGAAUCAGCAGAUGGAUCAGAAAUUAAUCAUAAUCCUGCUGUAACGGAAGUAGAAGUUGAAUCUAGUGAACAUAAACUGUGUAGAUGUGGAAUUGGAACAUUUGAUUUAACGAAUCAAGAUUUGAUGAAAAUGGAAGUUGAAGAGCAUUAUCAUCGUUUGGAAGUACUGCAGCUUCAAAAAGCUUAUGAAACUGAAAGAAUUGAAAAAAUGAGACAUUUAUAUGACCUAAAAAUUCGAUUAGCAGAGCAGGAACUUCAGAACAGUAAUUUUUAAGUGAAGUGUAGUUUUUGUCUUUUUUAAUCAUAAUAUUUUAUUAUUGUGGCUCAUGUAAUGUUAUAUACUGUAGCUAUAAUUGAAAAUGUAAGCAUAUUAUGUUUAACAAAUAAUAUUAUAUUUUUCUAUUACUUGUUGCUUACUUGAAAACUAGCUGGACAGAAAUAUUAAAUUGCAUUUUUUCUUUUAAUUUAAAAAUUAAAAUUGAGAAAUAUCAUUUUUAAUACUUGGUUUCUAAACUGACUCAUUAAUUUUAUCAAUAUUUUCUCUGUAUAUUUUUUUUAAUUUGCUUUUUGAAUGUUUUUCUUAAAAAAUAGUUAAUUUGGUGCUAGAAGCAGCUGUUGUUAGUUACCAAUUAAAUUGAUUUCUACGCUCUUUUUUUAUAACAAGUGAAUAAAAAACUAAGGAAUGAAUUUCAAUUUUAUUUUCAUUGGUGCUAUGAUCACGCUAAAACUACUAGAUCAACAACAAAUUUUCAACUUUUGUAGGCAUACAAAACACUGUGACAAUUAUGCUUAGACAAAAGAUGCCAAAUUGGCAUGAUAUUUCUAACAUAUUAAACAGCUGUUUCAGAACAAAGUUAAUACAUUAUAAACUUAAAUUAGACUUUAAUCCAACACCCUCAAGACCCAAAUAAUGUUGGAAAAUCAAAAUAAUCCAAUAACUGGUGGACUUUUUCAACUAUAUUUCUUUAUUCAAUCAUAAAGAACAAUGUAAUAUUAAAAAGAAAGAGAAACUAGCUACGUUUCUGUUUUCCGUUUAUUUGCAAUUUAUUAAAAGCCUGAUUUCAGAUUUGUCAAGACAAUGAUUGAUUAAUAUCUCUAAGAAUGACAGAAACGUGUGUUAAAAUAUUUUUAAUGCCUGAUUAAAGGGUAUAAGAAAAGUGAUGUGUUGUAUAAUAAAGCAUCAGAUUAUCAAGGUGCCGUUAUAUUGAAAAGCUGAAAAAAAUGUGGCUAAAGGGAGAAAAAAGUAGGUUGGUUAUUAAAUAAAUUGCCAUAACUAAAUAAUCAGAAAUUAAAAUUCGUACAAACUUUUUUUAUAAUGCAACCUGAUAAUUAUGAUUGUUUCUUGGUCUAGAACAGAGAUGAUUGUUCUCCAGAAAAGUCCGGAUUUUUCGCUAACUGCAAUGGGGAAAGUUUCGGAAAUACAAGAUCAAGAAAUCAUCGAUCACAUUUAUGUAUAAAAAUUCUUGUAUAUUUUAUUUAAAAAUAUUAGAACUAAAGUUUAUA